AUGACCUGGCAUGGUGUGCCAGGUAGGUACUCUACUGCGCACAUGCCAGCUCCUGCACGGAAAGUCAACAGAUACGAGGCAAAAUCUGACGAGUCUCAAAACAUGGCCAGUCAGAUUAAAAGAGGGUGGUGGUAUGGACUGGCCGAGGAAAGAGGCUGGCUGAGAAAGGAGGCUAGCCCAUCUGAUCCGCGGAAAGAAUUUCGAGACGCAUUUCACAUGAUGAGCGAUCGUUGA